AUGUCCCGUGUCAAAAGAAUUGCCAAAGAAUUGGAAGAAUGCCGUCAAGAUACUCAAUCAGGAGUGACUUUAAAGUUGAAUAAUGAGAAUGAUUUAACUCAUUUAACUGGGUAUUUUAGGGGUCCUCCUGGAACUCCUUAUGAAGGUGGGAUGUUUCAAGUAAAUAUUGAUAUUCCAAAUGAAUAUCCUUUUAAACCACCACAAAUGAAAUUCUCAACAAAAAUCUAUCAUCCUAAUAUUUCAUCUGUUACUGGAGCUAUUUGUCUAGAUAUAUUGAAGGAUGCUUGGACCCCAAUUUUAACAUUAAAAUCUUCAUUAAUUUCAUUGCAAUCAUUGUUACAAUCACCGGAACCUAAUGAUCCUCAAGAUGCCGAAGUUGCUAAACAUUAUUUGACCAACAAGGCUGGAUUUGAAGAAACUGCUGCUUAUUGGACCAAAAUUUAUGCAAGUGAUGGAGACAGUGGAAAUGUUGCUUUAAGUGAUUCAGCAAUGUAUGGAAUUGACGAUUCAAUUGUGACACAAUUUGAGAACAUGGGAUUCCACAGAGCUAAGACCAUUGAAGUCUUAAGAAGGAUGGGUGUUAAGAGUUUCAAUGGAGUCUCUAAUAAAGGUGAUUUAGAGAAUAAAAUCUUGGAAGAGUUAUUAAGAGAAUGUCAAUGA